AUGGUAUCCAAGAGACGGAAGAAUUCCAUGUACAUCCCUGACGAAGUCUUGAUCGACAUCCUACUAAGACUACCCGUAAAGUCCCUCAUUCGGUUUAUGACUGUAUGCAAGUCAUGGAGAAAUAUGAUCCGAGGCUUGAGCUUUAUUGGUGAACAUCUUAAUAGGAAUCUCAACAAUCAUGCUCAUACUUUUCUAGUGGCCCUCCACAACAAUGGAGGCACAGGAGACACUGGCUACUCUCUUCUCUCCAAUGAAACAUUUGAGGUGUGCAUUACUGUUCAACAUCGAAGCCGAAAACCUUUCGGGAUCUACGGUUCCAGCAAUGGCUUGCUUUGUCUGUCAUAUGAAAAAUUGAACCUGAACAAUCCUAUAUGGAUAUAUAACCCAUCACUUAAGAAACGUGUGACCCUACCAAGGACCAGCUUGUCGUGGCAGCUCCUUCCAGGGAGCGGCAUGUCGUGGCGGCCUUUAUUCGGAUAUGGCAUGACUCUUGCAUUCGGGUUCCACCCUGGUGUGAAUGAUUACAAGGUGGUAAGGAAGGUAUCAAUUGAUGUAGAGGAGCUUCUCUCUGCAGUGGAGAUUUAUAGUUUAAGCACAAAGUCUUGGAAGACGGUUGAUGUAAUUCCUCCUUUGAUAAAGAGCAUGAAGUGGGUUUGUGGAUAUGGAAUGUGUAAUGGAGUAGCAUAUUGGACCAUGUCAAACCAAAAGGAUUAUCUUGUGUCUUUAGACGCCGGCAACGAGGUAUUUCAAGAAAUCCAGCUACCGGAGGGUAUUGCCGGUGGGAUUAAAUCUGUUGAGGAGUACAAAGAAUCAAUUUGCUUGUUGCAACUCAACAAGGAUGGGCAAGACGAGCAUAUUAACAUAUGGAUUCUCCAAGAAAAGUAUUUUAAAAAGUUGGUCACUAUUGGUUUUCCCGGAAUGAGUCUUACCCCAUUGGGAUUUAGAAUGAAAAAUGAACUUCUUCUCGAGCUUCAUGAACAAGAUAGUAAAGGAUCUGAUCUGGCUAUAUAUAAUCUUGAGUCCAAGCAGCUCACUCAAACUGGAAUUAGGUUGGUGAAAAAUUACUAUGAUGCCUAUUAUGUGGCUACUUACGUUGAAAGUUUAGUCUUACUCAUGGAUUAA